UUCAUGACCAACCCACUGCUUCAGAGGCAACGAACCGCCAUUGACGUCCUUCACCCUGGAAACACUACAGUACCCAAGACAGAAACUUGGGAAAAACUAGCCAAAAUGUACAAGCCCACACCAGAUGUCAUCUUUGUAUUUGGACUCAGAACCCAUUUCGGUGGGGACAAGACAAGUGGCUUCGGCGUGAUUUAUGACUCCUUGGAUUAUGCAAUGACCAAUGAACCCAGACGCAGACUUGCAAGGCAUGGCCUGUAUGAGAAGAAAAAGAGCUCGGAACAGUGAAAGGAAGGCAAGAACAGGAUGAGGAAAGUCAGGGGCACUGCCAAGGCCAAGGUCGAGGCUGGCAAAAAGGCAAAGGACUGA